AUGGUCAAAGAUCCGCGCCAACAAGGGAAAGGUAAAACACGACCCGCUGUCAAUCUCGCAGCGGUACCAAGCACGACGCACGCCACCUCCAGCCCGCCAAAGCUUAAUAGAUCAAAUGCCGUCACUGACUGGAGAACGGACCCGGAGUAUUUAGAGCCAACCAUACCAAAACGAGGUUACAUCUUGCCUCUGAUCCCAUACACCGUGGCCAUGUCUUUUCAAACCGCAGGAAACCCCGACGACGAGACGGUCAUCCGAGAGGUCGUACCGGGAGUCACGACCAUCUCGGUCCCGUUCCUCCGGUUCAACCGUAUCAAGUUCGGAGGCCGAGCUACACUCGUCCGCCUCCAGUCCGGCACCCUCGCCGUCUUCUCCCCCACGCCCCUCACGCCCCUCGUCAAGAGCACCAUCGCCAGCAUCUCCCCCUCGCCGACCCCCAUCUCCUACAUCAUCGCGCCGGAUCUCGAGCACCACAUGAACCUCUCCGCCUGGCACGCCGCCUAUCCCACCGCCCACAUCAUCGCGCCCGAGGGCCUCGCCGAGAAGCGCGCGGCGCUGAACCGCAGCGACAAGGCCGUCACCAUCGUCCCCUUCGGCACGGUCUUCACGGCGCGGGACAAGCUCAGCACCAAGGUCACGGCGGAGUUCGACGCCGAGUUCGCCUACGAGUUCGUCGACGCGCACCCGAACAAGGAGCUCGUGUUCGUGCACCGGCCCUCCCGCACCUGCAUCGAGGCCGACCUGCUCUUCAACCUGCCCGCGGUGGAGCAGUACAGUCGGUCGGGCAUCGACCCCACCACGGGCUGGGCCACGCGGCUGUUCGCCGCCAUGCAGCACACGCGCGGCGACGCCCUGUGGCAGAAGCGCAUGCUGUGGUACCUGUUCAGCAAGCGCGACCGCGCCGGCUUCGCGGAGAGCGCCAAGAGGAUCAACGCCUGGGACUUUGUGAACCUGGUGCCGUGCCACGGGGACACGUUUGUCGGGGACGGGAAGACGGUGUAUGAGAAGGUCAUGGAGUGGCAUCUGCAGGGAAAGAAGAAGAACUGA